AAAUGAAAGCUUCUUCUCCUCUCCCUAGCACGAGUUACUUCUCUCCGUGGCUGCUACUUCUGCUUCUUCCGCCGCUGCCGCUGCCGCCGCUGCCGCUGCCGCCGCUGCCGCUGCCGCCGUUGCGUCGCACAAUCUCUCUCUCUCAUCCCUUGCGUCGCACGAGAUCCCUCCGGCGCCGCUCUCGUCGCAUCUACUCCCAUGGUCGCAGAGCUCUCUCUGCCGCUGCUCUCAUCGCAUCUGCUCCCUCUAGCGCCUCUUCCAUCUAAUCUCAACUCGCUCUCUCGGUUCUUCUCGUAACCAUCUCAAAUUUCAGGUUCAAACAUGGAGCAACUUCUUGAGAAGGUAGUUGUAGAUAGGAAUGUGUGUUUUUUCUGGUUGUUGCAGAUAAUGUCUGUGCAGUCAAGGAGUGACAGCGUUAACACUUCUCUUUUUGACAAAAGGGAGCACAUAGAGAAGCUGCAUCGUACUUGCAAUCUUCUCCGUAAAGUUCAGGUCCCUCCGGUGGGGUUAUUUUCCAACUGUCUUGUGCAACAAAAAGUUCUUCAUCCAUUCCGGAAGCAGAAGUGGAGCAAGGGAAAGCAAAAGGAAAAGGUGAACAACCAGGUGCUGUUUGAUCAGGGUACUUAUGACAAGCUCCUCUCUGAAGCUCCCAAAUUCAAGCUCAUCACUCCUUCUAUUCUCUCUGAUCGUUUGAGGGUACCCCUCUUUCUCUUACUCUCCCAAGCAUUAAAUAUAUUGUUCAUGUUGAUGGUGUGUGUUCUGCUAUUCUGUAGUAUAAGCAGUGGUGAAGGUUGCUAUCUUGUUUGAAGAUUCUUUGAAUUUGUGUGUUAUUCUAUUGACAUUCUAAGUUAGUAAUGCCUAUAUGUUCCUGCUUGUCCCUGCCCUAUUUGGGGCUAAUCCUAAAAGCUUUUUGUGUGCAGACAAACCCAUCUACCAUAUGCUUAUGUUGCCCAAGAGAGUGGACAGCAAAUGGGCCCAUAGAUAAGAACUAGGAAAAGAAAGCCUUAUACAGUUACACCAAAUAAAA